AUGGUAUCAUGUCCGCAAGAUCGUGAACUCUUGUUCUUUUCUCUUAUGGAAAAGAUGUGGUAUAUCAAUACUCUUCGUGCAUGGGGUUUAAACCAUGCCAAAUCAGGAGAUAUAUAUGCCAUUUCUUGGAACAGCGUAAUGGUACGGAGGAUACCCUUGCUUUGCAUGGCUGCUAACAACUGGCUUCUGCACGAGGCGGGUCCUCUAAACACCAUGCUCAUCAUACAAUCUCGAUUUGAUAGCCCAAAACUCCCCUCGCAACUCCACCUCUAA